AUGCGACAGGCACUGCGCAGCGCAGUCCGACUUGUCGCGUCCCCCAUGAUUACCGAGAGGGCUGUCUUUGCUAGGCCAAACGUGAUGUCAUCAGAUACAAUCAAAUCCAAUGGAGCCAUGCAUCAGGCGAAAACGUGCAAACCAACGGUACACAGGGCGCGCAAAAAAGCCUCCUGCGCAGCUGCUGAGUUGGCAACGAGGCUGAAAGCUGAAGGACAUUUGUUCUGCUUCGCUCCGGUGAAGCAGACAUGUCUACAGGCAGCUUGGCGUGCAUCCAUGUACGGCGACGUCAACCGAGGCGCGCGAGAGACGCGAAAAUAA